AUGUUGCAAAUAGUGCAAAUAUAUCACAAACCUUCUUACACCAAGGCUCCUUCAAUAUCGAAUGUCAUUCAAAAAGAAACAAAUAGUUCAAAAAUUGAUUUGCAAGUUGCACAACCAUUAUUUCAAUCACGUACUUCUUCGUACUAUCCGCAUUUACCAAUACAUAUUUAUAAUCAAAAUCUAUCAUCUUUAAGAAAUCGAUCAAAACUUAUUUUAAUGGGAAAUGGAUUUUUCGGUGAUGGAAGUUGGGGCUUGAAUACAAAAACAGGAACCUCAACCGAACUUAUGAAACAACUUUCGUGUCCAUAUUUGGGUGACUAUUGUGAUAUAACAACCGAUAAAAAUCGUUUUUCAGAGGCUGAUGCCGUUAUUUAUCAUAUGCGUGAUAAAAUUGAUAGGAAAAAAGCUGAAAAGAACCGCCGUCCACAUCAACGCUUUGUAUUCGCUCUCUGGGAGUCGCCACCACAUACGCCUAAUAUAAAAUCUUAUAAAAAGUUUUUCAAUUGGACAAUGACUUACCGAUUUCAAUCUCAUGUAGUAGCAUCAUACUAUUCAAGCAAUGCUUACAUACAUACAUCUAGCGAUUAUUAUAGGUAUCUUCUAAAAGAAAAUACUGCAAAAAAUCUUAAUUUAAAUUUAAGAAAAGCUAAUUAUCAACUUUCCGAUGAGAUGCUAACGAAUAAAAACUUAGGUACAGCUGCAGCAUUAAUAUCAAAUUGUGGUGGUAAAAGUGGACGAUUAACUUUUAUAAGACGUUUACAACGCCACAUGGAUGUUAAAAUUUAUGGACGAUGUGGUAACCAAUGUCCUGAAAAUGUCGAUUGUCGAGAGUUCAUUGGAAAAAGAUAUUAUUUUUUUCUUAGUUUUGAAAACAGCCUAUGUACAGAUUAUACAACGGAAAAAUUUUUCUCCGUGCUUGAACAUCCCAUUGUACCUAUUGUUUAUGGACGCACAGAUUAUUCUACUUUUAUUCCAUCAUCUGGUUUUAUAAAUGUAAAUAAGUUUUCUAAUUUUACGGCGUUAGCUCAAUAUCUUAAAAAAGUUCGCUAUGAUAAAGAAAAAUAUUUAUCAUAUUUUUCAUGGAAGAAAGAUUAUGUGUGGGGCGUAAGUCAAUUGUUCACACCGAUUUGCGAUGUUUGUUUACGUUUGCAUCUUGAUUCAACACCAAAUGUAAUCGAUGAUAUGGAUGCUUGGUGGAAUGCAAAUACAUGUCAAGCACCAAAAUUAUGGAGAUGGUAA